AAGUAGCUGCUGUUUAUUUCGGGAGGAAAGGAUUAAGCCAGAAGUUUCCACACAAAUGUAGAACAGAACCAUUUGGAAUAAGGCGUUGCUGUCAGAGGGUUAUCAACAACACAGGUUUCUAGAUAGAGUUUAAAAAAAAAUCAGAUUGUUUCUAUUUAUAUCCGCCUUUGCCUUGGUAACCAGAGACUGUGUGAGGGAUGCAGUAUUUUCCCAUCAUGGAUGUCUCCAAAAUCCAUGCGCAGACAUGCAGUGCAUCCAGUGCCUGCAGAGCUAUCGCAAGAACUGUCACAUUCAUUUCUAAGGGAGGAUUGUACAUACUAAGCAGCAAAGAGAAGAUUGCAGUAAGAGACUUCUACCAGUAUAGAUUCAAAAUAAUUUGUACUCAUUUCUAUCUUACCUACUUUGUUCUUUGAUCUUUUUAAGUAUUUCAAGGACCAUUGCGCUUAAACACUUUUUCUAAUCACCCCGAGCAGCUUACCCAAAUCCGAGGUGGUGGGAUUUACUCAUAAUUGGCUACAUUAUGCCUGCUUUAUCAAGUGGUUGAAUGAGGUAAGAAUGGACUCAAAUCGGUGUUUCUUCAUACUUUAAAUCAUUCUUGCUUCCCUUAAAAUCAGCUGUUUCCUACUUUGCAAGAUUACCUGCAGCUUAGGUGUCCUUACAGCCCUCUGCAGUGCUCAAAAGCCAAACCAGGCUACGUUCUCACCACUGCAGUGCUGUGCUGAGCUUUAGCCCUGCUGGAAGACAGGCAUUCCAGCUCUGGACAUCUGUUUUAGCCACAAUUCUGUGUUGUUGUGUUUUCCUUAUCCUUUUACUUUCAGGAAAGAUAGAAGAAACCAAGUGUGUCUCUCUGCCAUUGUAAUACCCGGGUACUCCAUUUUCUUAGAAAAUGGAUGUGAAAAGGUGAAGAGAAGGUAAACAAAGGCUCAGAAUGAAUACAGGGAAUCAGGGCCCUUACUGAACUUGCUUCUCUCUUAAUAGCUUCACUACCCAGUUAUGAUCUGGAAAGUAAUUUCUGAUCUUCUGUCUAAGGCUUAUGGAAGUCAGUGCCAGAGCAACUUUAUCAGGAAAGAAGGGGAAAUAUUUUUGGGUAGAGAACCUGCUGCGCUCCUGAGAUAUUCAGGGAUAUCUGACUAAUAAAAUCACGUUAUUGGGAUAAAAGCACUCACUGCAUUAUCAUCUUUGGGAACAAUACAUUUUCACAUGCAGCCUUUUUUUACUCUAGUUGCUAUUCAGCCAAAUACUUGGUCUUACGAAGUACUGCAGGGGGAAAAAACUCAUCUGGGGACAGAAAGGAGGCAGUUGGGAGCACUGGAGCCCUGCCACACUCCUCCAUAUUCUGGUUGGAGAUCCCAGGGCUGGCAUAUGGUGCAGGAGGUGGAGGUUGAAGCCAUUUGGGAGUUUCCCUCUAUUUGCCUGCUGAUGUAGUUUAGGCAGAAUGUAGGUGACACAAAAAGUAAUUCAAACAGAGGUCUUGUUUUAAAUGUAAUGACUCUCAUUGCCUUUUUUUUUUCCCCCACACUGCCUAUUUAAAUAAUUUAAAAAAUAAUCGAGAUAAAUAGCACAAGCAAUUUUUAACUCUCAAAAGCAGGAACAGUGGCAAGGGACCAGCACUUUAGGACAUAAAACCACAGAAAACUGAAUCAUCACACCUGUUCUGGCAUGUUUAUAGGGAGAAGUCUGAGUUGCCAUAAGACAAGUAUGGACUGGUUUGGGGCAAGUGAAAUUUUGGGUUCCACUCUCCUACAGAAGCAGAACCCUAAAAACAAACUUUACUCACUGUUACCCCUGUGCUACAUGUAAUGAUCCUCUACAGAGGUUUUCACGAAUCUUGAGCCACUGUGUUGAAAUUGACAGCUUUUAGAUGUAACCACAUUUGCCUUGACUGCCAGACAGAUUUGCUGGUCCCUGUGGGAAAGAGAGGGGAUGUUUUCUGGAGCUGGUUACGGUCCACACCUUCGAGGGGCCGGCCUUGCCUCAUCGGCGGUGUCACCGGGAGCUGUCAGGGCACAGAGCCACUAGAGACGGGGCAGAGAAGAUGUGUCCCCUGCCCCGGCUGUCCCGUACUCCUCUCGGGGCUGAGCAGCGUGGCUGCAGGCACCGCGCCGUUCUGUGGGGGUCCUGCUGCAGCGCCUCCAGGCAGCCAGAGCAGGAGAGCUGCCGGGACACUUCGCCGGCUCUCCCAUGGCCUUUAGCAGUCUUUGGAGCUAGUUCAAGUAAGACAGGAGAGGAGCGCUGGGUUGUUUUGCCAGACAAGAGAUUAAAUGGAGCCAAAGGUGAAGAAACAGCGCUGCACAAACGGCGCCGGGGAGCGUUUCUGCCGCACGGCCAGCCGAGAGCAGCCCGGGCAGUGCUGCCUCGGUCGGUGCCCUCUGAGAUGCAGAGCUGCUGUGUCUGCGCUGGUCUCCCAGCGACUGCGGGAGCGCUUCCAGGCUGCCAUGAGCCCUCGCGGAGACACUGCUCUCCGUGCAGCAAUGGAGGACGGGGCUUGCUGCGCUGCACAAACGCCUUUCUCGGGCACUGCCUUCCAACCCCGCGCAGCAAAAGCCUGAGGCUGGAACCACAGGGAGGCUGCGGAGGCAGCUGACGGUGUCCCACGGCCGUGGGACCUUUCCCCCGUACCUUUCCGCCUGGCAGCGGCUGUGAGCAGGCAGGGAGCCCCUCCGGGCCCCGGCCUCCCUCCGGAGGCAGCGCGGCGCUUCUCCCCUCGGGCCGCCCCGGGGCCCUCCCCGCGCCGCCGGCCCCGCCACAGCCUCCCGGCCGCCCUGGCCCCCGCUCCCGCCGCGGCCAGGGGGCAGGACCGCUCCGGGCACCUUCCAGCCCAGCCCAGCGCUGCGUACCCGAGAAGCGCCCGCCCCGCCUCGGCGGCUGAGCGCGGCCGGUCCCGCCCGGGCGCUGCGGAGAGGCGGCCGCGGGGCCGCGGCGCGGGCGGAGCGGGCGGGCCGGGCCCGGGCGAGGGGCCGGGCCUGUCCCCGCGGCGGCCCCGGGCCUCUCCUGCCCGCGGCGCGGCUCGGGCAGGGCCUGGCCGGAGGCCGGGGCCGCGCUGAGCCGGGGCCUGGGGCUGCGGUGGCCGGCGGCGGGAUGGCCUUGGUGCCCUACGAGGAGGGAGGCGGCUGGACGGCGCGGCAGCUGCACAGCCCUUCGGCCACCUUCCACUUCGCCAGCCGCACCAUCCGCCUCCAGCAGGACUGGCGGCGCCUGGGGGUGGCGGCCGUGGUCUGGGACGCGGCUGUUGUUCUGUGUGCUUAUCUGGAGCUGGAAGGCAUUGAUCUCAGGGAUCGGUCUGUGAUUGAGCUGGGAGCUGGAACUGGAUUGCUGGGAAUAGUGGUCACGUUACUAGGUGCCCGUGUUACCAUCACUGACAGGGCGGCAGCACUGGAGCUCCUGGAGUCAAACGUGCAGGCGAACUUACCCCCUGAACUACGUCCCAGAGCGGUGGUGAAGGAGCUGACCUGGGGAAAAGACCUGGAUAACUUCUCUCCAGGAGCAUUUGACUUAAUCCUGGGUGCGGACAUCGUUUAUCUGGAAGAAACAUUUGCAGAACUGCUUCAGACUCUGGAGCACCUGUGCUCAGAGCGAACGGUGAUUCUCCUUUCCUGCCGCAUCCGCUACGAGCGGGACCUCAAGUUCCUGAAGAUGCUGAGAGAGCGCUUCUCUGUGUCCGAGGUCCACUAUGAUUCCAGUAAGGAUGUUCAUAUCUACAAAGCACAGAGGGGGAGUCGCAAGGAUGACCUUUGACUCUCUGCUUUGUUAAUAAGCCACUGAUGCUGUUCAAUUCUCCCCUUUGUUUCUACUCAAUACACUUGUUCCUAAGCAUGAA